UUGGACACUCGAAGAUUUCGAGAUAGAAGCUGAUCCCUGACCCGCUCGCCCCGGCCUUUCCUUCCUAUCGAUCGGCGGAAUUGAUGUCAUCGGGUCGGCAACGAUCGUCGUCAUCUGCUCUCGGAGCAGCGAUAAGCGUUCGGCGGCGAGGAUCGCGCGCCCGCGAAGGCGCGCGGAGUGUUUACGCCGUCAUGCCACUUUUUUUCUCUUUUCUCUCUCUCUCUCUCUCCCAGCUAAGCGGCGCGUAAUGUAAACACGCCGACAAUUAGCUCUUUGAUAUCGCUCGUGAAUCAUGCGCGGAGAAGUGGAUCGCGCGCCUUAAUCUGCCGCGGGAAACUUUCGAUUUCAUUAGCGCGCGAAGGCAGCGCGACUGGAAGAAAGAAAAGAGAAACAUUCCACGUGUCGUUGCGGCCGCGCGGCUGGCGGGAAAACGGUGCCUCUAAUCGCGUUCGCGCGCGGAAAGUCACUCGGAUGCACCUCGGCGAGGGCUGCGCGAGUGGCACGGGCGCGCUGCUCGGCCGGGGAGCGCCGAACAAUGAACGGGGGAGACGCGCGGCGAUCGCGCUCGGGCCCAACGAGUCGCCUAUCGGUACCCGUGCAAUCGCGGUCAAGAGGAGCGCGAGAGAGCGAUCGGCUUUUUCGGGCUCGGCGGAGGGGGACAUCGCCGUCGGCUGAACUGGCUGGCUGGCUGACUGGCGCUCAUUCGCGCUUGCGACACCGAGCGCUGCACUGCACUUGACCGCGAGAACGCGCGACCUGCACUCCGCACGACCGAUUCGCCCAGCCGCGACGAGCUCCGCCAAAGUCGUUCGCGCGCCCGAAGCCCGUACGCGCACUCCCUUUGCCACGCGACUGACGCGAGUGUCGAGCGAGACAGUCUCAUCCGCUAUGGACAACAAGGACUCCAAGGCACAGGAUCCGGGGACCGUUGACUUCAACAGCACGACAACGAUCGUGAUCAGCGAGAAGACCGGACACUAUGAACCGAGCCAACACAGGGACAGCAAGCAUGCGACGUCGAACUUCGGGGCGGCGGCGCACCUGAUCAAGGCGUCGCUGGGCUCGGGCAUCCUGGCCAUGCCGGCGGCGGUGAAGAACGGCGGCCUGCUGUUCGGCGGCAUCGGCGUCAUCGUCAUCGGCAUCGUGUGCUCGCACUGCGUGCACAUACUGGUGCGCUCGUCGCAGGUGCUCUGCCGCAAGACGCGCUCGCCGCAUCUGGACUACCCCGAGACUGCGGCCGCGGCCUUCGAGUUCGGGCCCAAGCCGCUGCGGCGCUUUUCCGGCUUCGUCAGGAGUUUGGUCAGCUGCGCCCUGGUGGCCACGCAGGUCGGCGUCACCUGCACCUACGUCGUCCUCAUCGCCGGCGGCAUCAAGCAGCUGGGUAACUACUACUUCCACGUGAACGUCGACCUAAGGCUGUACAUAGCGAUCAUCAUUCCGGUGCUCGUCUUCUUCGGUCAGAUACGCCACUUGAAGAUGCUCGUGCCGUUCUCGCUGCUGGCAAACGCCUUCAUGAGCGUCAGCUUCGCGAUGAUUCUCUGGCAGCUGUGCCAGAAGUUCAAGCCGCUCGACGAGCUCCACUACAUCGCCGACUGGGACAAGAUACCCAAGUUCUUCGCCACCGUGAUCUUCGCCAUCGAGGGCAUCGGCACCGUGAUGUCGAUCGAGAACAGCAUGUCGCGGCCGCAGCAGUUCCUCGGCUGUCCCAACGUGCUCAACGUCUCGAUGACGGUGGUCAUCGCGCUCUACGCGGCCAUGGGGAUUCUCGGCUACCUGAAUUACGGCGAGACGGCCGAGGGCAGCAUCUCCAAUAACCUUCCGAUAGAGACAGCGUUUGGCCAGACCGUGAAGAUCCUCAUCUCGCUCGCCAUCGCCUUCACGUACGGACUGCAGUUCUUCGUGCCGCUGGAGAUCAUAUCGAACGCCGUGAAGCAGAAGCUCAGCCACAAGUACCAGUGUCUCGGGGAAACCGGGGUGCGGGUGUGCAUGGUGAUGCUGACGGUGAUCGUCGCCGUGGCCGUGCCCACGCUCGAGCCGUUCAUCUCGUUGGUCGGGGCGGUGUUCUUCUCGUUCCUCGGCGUGUGCAUCCCCGCGAUCGUCGAGACGGUGUCCUGCUGGGACGGCCACCUCGGCUUCGGCUACUGGCGGAUCUGGAAGAACGUCGUGCUCGUUCUGUUCUCGAUGCUGGCGCUGUCGACUGGUACCUGGGUCUCAGUGCUGGAUAUCAUCGACCAAUACACAAAGACUGCGUGAGCGCCGUGUGGUUUCGCGCCGGCGACACCUUCAGGCGAUCCGACUUUGCAACUUCCCGGCCUUGGCGCGAAAUGGCUUUCCCGCUGCCGGCGCGUCAGCCUGGCCUACCUGUACUCUUCUACUUAACGCGCGAGGCGUACUCUUUUCCAUUGCUUUACGAAAAUAGUAUUUUGUUUUCUAGUUAUCUAAGCCGAGUCGUCUUCAGUCGGAAAGGAUGUUGCGAAGGCAGGUGUUAUGCUACACCGAUCAAUAUUGAGCUACUAAGAUUAGUUUAUGUACAAGCUAUAAAGAAGUUUCAGUUUAAUCGCUUUGAUAAAUUUCGUUCUUACCGAAAAAGUCAUGCUUGCAAUGAAACAUUCUUGCUCAUCUGUGGAGUUCGUUGAAAAACAAAUAAUCGUAAUCGAUAUGCGUAUAAGUUAUAAGAACAAAUGGCGAUAUAGUAUUAUAUGGUUAAAUGAGAAUCAGUUUAUAAGAAUUAUUGUUAGAUCUAAUUUAUGUACAGCGUUAUUUUGUUCAGCCUUUCACUGUACUCAUAUUGAAUCGACCUCGUUCGAGAACGAAGAUUUUCCUUACUCGUCGUUGAACGGUUCGUUAGUGCGACUUUUCGACUGUAUACGUAGUACACUCGAGUUCGAAAAGGUUCUAUUGAAUCGAUUAUCCAAAAAAAGUGACCAAGCACAGCCAUUUACUAACUAGUGCUCGUACUUACGUAUUACGAUACAAAUUACGCGUUCUUGAACUGACAAUACGGAUUCGCAAUCUUAGAGACGAAAUGCCGUGUUCGACUCGGCGACGUGGUACAAUCUGCCGGAAGCUUAGUCAUGGCCUCGCUAUGUACCGUCAUAGAUGUGGUCACCACGUAUGUGGUGUCCACAAGUCAGUAACACGGAAAUCGCGACGUGUUUUAACAUACAGUUUUGCAUCUGUGAUAUUUCCAUGAAAUAUUUUAGAACCCCAGAUAAAUAUAACUAUUGUCUUUGCUAUACAUGCGCGCUUAAGCACAAUGCUUAGUAAGAUGUAAAAAGAAAAAUGGAAUUUGUUUGAAUAAACGCAAACUCAUUCGGAUCAAAUUGAUUCGCCCUUUACGCGAUCGAUGGCAUUCUUUUUCUUUCGACUUGUCCGAACGAAAAAAUAGAAGCUCCCCAAUGGCCAAAAAUAACUUGCUGAGUAGGGAAAGUCAGAUUCAAAUAAAUUUAUGACCUGAAAUCGAAUAAAAACGACUGUAAGCGUUUGCUUUCUGAAGUGAGAAUUGUUAAUUGAGCGGGGGUGUUUCAAUAAUUCUUAAACUUAAGUUAAUUACAAUAUAUUUUUAUUACCAAAAGAUCUUAUCAAUAAAAUUACAUCUUUAUACUGACAUAAGAUGAUUGAUUCUA